AUGGCAGAUGAAGCAUUUUCCUUAACAAAAAAAGAUUUAUCUGGUGCUAGACGAUAUCCACCCCAUUUGGUUGAAGUUGAUGUAAUUCAAAACAAGACAACGCAAAUAUUCUAUAAAGUGUUCUUCCCUGAUGACUCAAGCCAGGUUUUUGAAAUUGAUUCAAGCACAAGGUCAUGGGAUUUAUGUGCAACAAUAGUAGAGAGACUUGGUCUAAAGUUCAAAGAAGGUUUCAGUUUAUUCGUACAGAUUGGAGACAAGGUUAUCAGUGUACCUGGGGCUGACUUCUUUUUUGAUUUCGUGCGUCAUUUGACCGAAUGGUUGAAGAGAGCUAAAAGCAAAGAUGCUAAUUCUAAUCUCAGUUACAAAAUUUUCUUUAUGAAGAAACUGUUUGUAAACAUAACCAUAGGCAAAGACAGAAAGUCAGAUGUGAUAUUUCACUAUCACCAGGAGCUCCCUAAGUAUCUGAGAGGUUAUCACAAGUGUACUCGAGAUGAUGCAGCUCUUCUUGGCUCUUAUAUUUAUCGCGUUAAGUUUGGGGACACUAGAUCCCACUUUGGAGAAAUACCUCAAAUGUUGCAUGAGCUGAUACCCCAUGACAUGCUAAGGGAAUUCCAUCCAGAGGACUGGAAAAGAGCCAUUGUUGCUAAUUUCAGUCGUCAUCAUGCCAAAUCUUCAGAAGAGGCAAAGAUAAGUUCCUCAAGUACGUGAGCAGGUGCGAAACUUUUGGAUCAGCAUUCUUUGAAGUCAGGCAAACAACAGAGCCUCAUCUACCUGAUAUCUUACUCAUUGGUCUUAAUAAAAAUGGUGUCAUGUUGAUAGACCCAGCAAAUAAAGAUAUACUGGCCACUCAUCCGUUCACUAUGAUCACUAAUUGGAGCUGUGGGUCUAACUAUUUUCACAUGACUAUAGGAAACCAAAUCAAAGGCACUAGACUGCUCUGUGAAACACCUCUGGGUCACAAAAUGGAUGAUCUGUUGACCUCAUACAUAUCUCUUAUACCUGGUGACAUUAAAGAGAAGAAUCCAGAAACUGUGGGAGGAGCUGGCAGCAGACACUAAAAGGGAAACUUUUUAUAAUAGAGAACAAAGACAUCACGUAAAAUUGUUAUUAUUAUUAUUUUAUUACCA